AUGGCAGUGAUGAUGCGUCUGAAGGGCGGGACGACGGCGGUGGUGGCCCUGGUCCGGGAGAAGCGGCUGGUGGUGGCCUGGCUGGGCGACUCGCAGGCGCUGCUGGUGCGUCGUCGGAACCCCGUCAGGAUGGUGGAGCCCCACAAGCCGGAAUUGCCGGUGGAGCGAGAGCGAGUGGAGGAAAUGGGCGGUUGCGUCAUCAACAUCCAGGGCACUUGGCGCGUCCUGGGACAGCUGGCCGUCUCCAGAGCCAUUGGUGACGCGGACUACAAGCCGUACGUGUCGUCCGAGUGCGACAUCAAGUCCCUGGAGAUCGAAGGCGACGAGGACUUCCUGAUCCUGGCGUGCGACGGCCUGUGGGACACCCUCACGCCCGAAGCCGCCGUCAACGUGGUCUACGCCUACCUCACCCACAACGACGAUAUUCUCAUAGCUUAA